AUGGUUUCUGCUGCAAGCCGUCCCUUUAUGAAGAACAAGAGGAAAGUUAGUAAGAUUCAUGAAAUGUUUCUUAUAUGUGGGAUAAAAGCAAGUGUAGGUCCUAUGCGUACUUUUCGCAUAUACAAGGAAAUUGUUGGCACUUAUGAUAAAGUUGGCUGCACAAGUUUGGAUUUCAAAAACUGGCGUAGAGACUUGAGGGUCUCUGUUAAUGGGUCCGAUGCUCAUAUGGUGUUAGAUACAUUCAAGAACAAAAAAGACGCAUGUGAUGGUUUCCAAUAUUUCUAUGACAUUGAUGGGGAGAACCAGCUCAAGCGUUUGAUAUGGACUGACAAAUCAUCAGUGAUGAACUACAAGAUGUUUGGGGAGGCUGUGUCUUUCGACGCAACAUACAACACUAACAGGUACAAGAUGAUCUUCACACCUUUUACUGGUAGAGACAAUCAUGGAAAAAGCGUUUCAUUUGGUGCAGCCCUAAUUUCGCAUGAAGACAUGGAGUCUUACUCGUGGGUACUCGAGAAAUUUGUUGAAUGUAUGGGUAAUGCACCGCGCUUGAUUAUCACUGAUCAGGACCCGGGACUGAAGAAAGCUGUAGCUGCCAGUUGGCCCAACACACGACAUCAUUUUUGCAUGUGGCACAUUACCAUGAAAGUUGCAGAGAAGUUGCCUUCCAAUCUAACAAAAGAUUCUGGCUUCAAGACUGAAUUCGGUAAAAUUGUUUGGUGUGAUUUUGAAGAACCUGACACAUUUGAGGAGAAAUGGACUACUCUAAUGGAUGAGUACGACCUUGGUGGAAAUAAGUGGUUUUCUGACAUGUUUGAGGACCGCACGUUUUGGAUACCGGCAUACUUUAAAGACUGUUACACAUAUCGGAAGUUAAACCAUGAAGAUGAGAGUGAGGUACCUAUGAUGCGCACUAAGCUCGACAUAGAGGAACAUGCAUCCAAGAUAUAUACCAAUACUAUGUUCAAGGAUGUUCAAGAGGAGAUUGAGUGGUCUAUUUUAGGUUGUGGUAUGACCAAUAUGUAUUCUGAUGAGGAGGACAACGUACACAUCAUCCGGGAUAAUUUGAAUGGUGAGUUCACAGUUCGUUAUGUAAAGCACGAGGAUUACUUGUCAUGCAGCUGCAAGCUGUUCAUCAGAAAGGGGAUCUUAUGCAGACAUAUAUUCUUUGUCAUUCGCAAUAAUGAUAUGAAGAAGAUCCCGGAGAAAUACAUAUGUAGUAGAUGGUGCAAGUCCAGCAGGUUAUCUCUCUGUGGUACGGAGCUUGAAGAACACAAUGGUGGCCAUCCAAAUCCAAUGUCCCACAGUUUCCAUUUCUUCAAGGUUGCAAGUGAUUGUAUUGCACAUGUCAAAGGUAAUGAUCAAUUGAGUGAUCAAUGUCUCUUGGAUCUCGAGGCUGUCAGCCAAAAGUAUGCAAAGCUCAGUAACACACACUCACUGACCAACAAUAAGGAAUCAGUUUUUGAGGAUUUGUAUGGCUGUGCUCCCCCAGAAAAAAGAUCCGUUGCUGCAUUUUGUCGAGAAACUGCGUUUGAGGUGGUGGUCACGGACGCCAUCCCUGCUCGUUUACAGCGUUUGGUUGCAUUCAAAACUGGAGUCGGGGUGGUGAGGUCUUGA